AUGGAAAUAGUGCUUUCUGAUGUUGAAUUUUCCAGAGAACUCGAAGUGCGUUAUAAGUGUAUAAAUUGUGAUAAUGUCUUGAAAGAUCCUGCUCAGUCGUCUUGUGGACACAGGUAAGUUAGCCGUGGAAGUUUCUAGAACAAGCGGAAGUUGUUUGCUACGUAGUGAGUUACUGCUUUUCAAAAUUAUAUCAUAACGGCAACUACAUCGCUAUUCAUUUGGGUGACAGGUUGGUGAAAUAGGUAAUUUCCAUAGAAAGGGUAUUUCAAUCGAUAGAACGGUCGAAUCUUGAACUCAAAACAGUUCCUUACGAAACAAAUUAUAGCCAUAACGAAUCGGUCGGUCGGUCGAUCGUAAGCCUCGUCCACUUGAAUUACAAUUUAUAAAUUUAACGAAGAAGUGGGUUCUUUGAGAUGUUCGCAAACCCAGAGCAGAGCUACAAAUUACAUUUACAUGGCUGACGCGGUUUUUAUGCUUGGGUGUUCUUGUGAAGAUAAAUAAUGCAACCAUCGUUUUCCUCGUUUAUUUACUGAUGAAAGACAGUUCCUUAGCUCCUACUUUCUCCUGAUUUUACCCCUUAAUAGUCGGUCGAUUUUACGACUGUUAGACCUUGUAACACAUUUAAUCAGGAGGGUUCAUUGUUUCAAUCAAUCGAGUAAAGAGAACAAAGAAUCGUUUCGAAAUGUGUUUAAAAAAUAUCUGGUAUUGAAUAUCUCUUAUUGCGAAAUACCAACAUAGUUAAGUCAGCGCGUAGAUGUAAGCUUUAUUGUUAGUCAUGGUCACAUCAGAUAAGGGGAAAAAUUGCUGAUGUCACUAAUGUUCAUCCUACGCGGAAGAAGGACUUAGUUUUCAAUGGCUAAGUAGAUUACGAAAACUACGCCGAGCGCAAUGAUGCUUCACGACGAAUGCGUAGCAUCUGUUGAAGUCUAUUAAACUUAAGGAAUAUUGGCUUAGUUCAACCACGCAAAACCGUCCUUCUUCGGCUAAAUGAGUGCAUACGCACGGCAUAAUUCUUAGCAGUGACAGAUCAAACGAUGGUUUUCAAAUUGCGUUCUGUGUAGAAAUACGAUGCGCUUCGCCAGGUGUCUAAGAAUCGAUCAAACUUCGUCCCUCCUCAUUGAAGUGCGUGCGCAAGGUCCCUUUAAUUUUUUUCCAAGAGGCAUCGAUGGCCAAACAAGGAAAAAACUGCUUAAUUUAAGCUCCUGCUUGAAGCUCUUUUUCUGUCUGUUGUGAAAACGCUGAGUUGACUUACAGAAAUUUCGUUUUUUUGUCUAAGAAUAAGUAAUGACAUUGUAGACAGAAAGACAGUAGUGCGCACGUCUAGCUCGCUCCAAUUCCUUAAACCGACAACUUCGCUCGGUUUGCUCCCUUGUCGAUGAUGGGGCUAUAGUGAGAUAGUAAAAAUUUUAAAUUCUUUUAAUUUUACCUCUCGCCCUCAUAAAAUAUGUUUAGUAGCUCUCCUUGUUCCCUGUUAUUUUAGGUUCUGUUGGUCGUGCUUGGAGGAUAUUUUCAAGAGGGAACCAAACGACCCAAAAUGUCCAGACGAUAAAGAGCCCCUACAAUGGAAUUUGAUAUUCAGGGACAAAUACGCACAAAAAGAAAUCCUUUCAUUGGAAUGCUUUUGCCCGAAGAAAUCGCUCGGUUGUCCAUGGUGUGGGAAGUUGGCUAAAUUACAAGCUCACCUUGCCGAGUGUUCUUUUUCGGAAGUGAAAUGCAUUUACAGUCAUCUGGGGUGUACUGUGGUUAUUUUGCGAUACCAAUUAGCUAAACAUGUCGAAAAUGAUUGUCUGUACAAGGUCGUGGAGUGCCCUUAUUGCCAGGAUGGAUACCCAGGGAUUAAAAUGAGGGAACAUUUAGAGGAUUGUAAGAAGUUCCCGGUAAAGUGUUCCUAUGGCUGCGAUAGGAGUGACAUUCCCAGGGAAGACCUUAAAGAACACUCCAAAUCAUGCCCCCGAGCUCCUGUGCCGUGUAACUUCAGUUUCGUAGGCUGCACUUUUCACGACUGUAGGGAUUCUUUAGAAGAACAUCUCCGCUCUCAUGCCACGGAGCACUUGACUCUCAUGGCCAAAAACAACGAGAAAACACAAGAGGAAAUGAAAAUCUUUCAAGAACAGCUGAAAGCCUCCCAAGAGUUAACCAAAACUUACGAGGCGCGCUUAGCAUUACAAUCGGAAGCCCUGGCUUUGAAUAAACAGACACUCUCUACGCAUCAAGUCAAGCUCGCAAGAGUUGAAGAGAAUGUGGAUUCUCAGAGGAACAACAUGGAUGAACUUCGCAAAAGCGUCGAAGCAUUGGUCCAGGCAAAAGAAAGCAAGCAUGCUAGUGAAGAAGUAAUGAGGCGUAUAAAUUUCCAAGACGAAAGAUUGGCGCUACUAGCGGAAGAGGUAGCAAGGUUUGGUGCCACGGGAUCACGCACACAACCAGGGAACUUAGAAUCCGGCAGGGAUGAUCAUCGAUUUGGAAAUGUGGAACACUCCAUAGCUUUGCACGAAAUAAAACUAGCCGAUCAAGACCUUAAACUACAGAUAAUGGAGACCACGUGCUACGAUGGCUGUUUCCUAUGGAAGAUUGACAACUAUCAGCGCAGAUUUCGGGAAUCCGUGGAGGGGAGGACAAUCUCCAUAUACAGCCCGCCAUUUUAUACUUCGCGCUACGGAUACAAGCUUUGCGCACGCGCUUACCUCAACGGCGAUGGGCCAAUGGGGAAAGGAAAGUACCUAUCUCUCUUCAUCGUCUUAAUGAGGGGAGAGUAUGAUGCUCUGUUAACGUGGCCGUUCCAGCAUAAAGUCACUAUGAAGCUGAUGGAUCAAGAGCGUCUAUCGCACAUUACUGAGACAUUCCGACCGGAUCCAAACAGCUCGAGCUUUCAGCGACCGCGUUCGGAGAUGAACAUCGCCUCCGGCUGCCCUCUUUUUUGUUCCCAUAGCCUUUUAAGAACCAGAGGAUAUGUUCGAGAUGACACUAUGUUUAUCAAAAUCAUAGUGGAAGGCAAUGGGAUGCCAAUGAUGUGAAAUUGGAAUGGUACUGGAGGGAAUCAGUAAAUCAUACCGACAGGGAUGGGAAAUUGCUUCCCACUAGUUUGGCGUGAAGAUGGAAGGCAUACGCUGCUGUCGUCCACUGAGACGUCAGCCUUCCACGGAGGAUUUUCCGCCGCUAUUCCUAAUAUGGCCCCAAUAAUUCGGUUCAAUCGAGACCUUUAAUCACAAGGUUUGAUGAAAAAAAAUGUAUCUCGGUUACUUUUGGAGAAAUGAUGGAGAGAAUCACAUAACUAAGAGUCUAUAUAAAUGUGGAGAACUUUUCCAAGACAAUCGUUCCUUUCGAAAAGGAACAUGCGUUUAAAAAUGAGAGUAUAAAGAAGACUUGUUACUCACCUUAAGUGUGCUACUUAUGGCGAUUCCAUGGAGCCAUUAUACCUAGUGUUUGCCAUAGAAAUGAACAUUUUCUAUUAAGCGAUAGGUAGGCCUGUCCCGAUUGUCCUUGAGCUUCAUUUAAAGUAAUCACCGUUUGUCACACUCCCACUUUUCGUUCGUCUGCUCACACUGAGAGCCUGGGGUAGGCUAGUUUAGUUUUAAUCAUAGAGACAGAAUAUAAGACUGUGAGGACAAUAGUAGAACUCCAAUCUAUUUAGUUAGCUAUUAUCUAACAAUCAACAACUUUAAUAAUUAAGGUGAUUCCUCAGUAUUGCACCGCGCAUCCAGCACUGGGCAUAAAAAUCACCUAAUUAGACGAUUAAGCGCGCGCACAUUCCAAGAACACGGUGUUGUUUCUCGAUAAACAGACAAAGUAAAGAGGUAUAAAGAUCCUUAGCUCUUGAGCGAGAACAGUGACCUAUAUUUUUUAUUGCAUAACUUUGGUGUUCAAAUUAUCCCCUUUAAAUUGGGGAAAAAGAUAAAGCUAGAAGCGUGCACGAAGCCCGUUACUCAAGGAUGCAAAUUAUGACCAAGACAGGAACGACUCGAGGGACGUUUUCAGUCCAGUUUGCUUGAUUUUCCCACAAAUUAUACAUCAAAUUGUUCCAUACGCUAGAAACUUUCUACUCAUCAAACUUUUUCAAGUGUUACUUAAAAAACCCUUGCUUCCAGCUGCAGCAAAAUGUACCGUUAACCGAAAUGACGCGCGUGAUUAGUGCCAGUACAGGCAUAAAUGGGGAAAGUUUGGCCCACCAUAUCUCAUAAACAAGUGUGGUGACCUGCUCUUUUUAUUGUAUUUUUCGAAGCAGACAUUGAAAAGGAAUAUUUAAGGAAAGUUGGAUAGAAAUUGUUCCGAUAAUUUUUUUUUUUAGGAAUCACCUUAAUGGACUAUCACGAGAGAAGUAUAUGACAUGUGAUGCUUUAUUUUUUUAAUAAUUAUUAGUCACCAGAUGAGCUAAAUGAAGGAAUUAAAGUGCUUUUACAAAUGUCAAACCACCUCACUGGACCACAU